AUGUUUAAUUUUUUAAUUUUAAGUUUAUGUUGCAUAUUAGUAUCAUCAGAAAAAGUUCGUUAUGAUAAUUUUACGUUGUACAAUGUUCAACCAGCAACUGAAAGACAUUUACAAUUCAUAAAGAGUUUGCAUAAGAACUGGGAGAUACUUGACUUUUGGAGUAUACCGUCCACUAUAAUGGACCAUGUUAGCGUGGUUUCCCCACCACAAUCAAGAAAAGAGUUUGAACAGGAACUUGCAAAGCGAGGUAUCAACUAUGACAUAGUUCUCGAAAAUAUUCAACAAGCUUUUGAUGAACAAACGCAGACGAGAAGCAAACGUAAUAUUGACAAUGGCUUAUAUUGGACAAAUUAUCAGACCAUAGAUGAAAUUUACGAAUGGUUUGAAUAUUUGGCAAGAAAUUAUAGUAAUGUGGUCUCUUUAAUUCAUGCCGGUAGAAACAUCACAGGUGUAAAGAUAUCUCGUCAAUCAGGGAAACGAGCUUUCAUUAUAGAUGGAGGUCAGGUGGGCGCAGAUUGGCUAUCACCAACAGUCGUAACAUAUAUCAUAAAUCAACUCGCAACGGGAGACGACCCUGAGGCAAGAGCGGCAUCUGAGGAAUUUGACUGGCAUAUUUUUCCAAUUCUCAAUCCAGAUGGCCACCAGUUUUCACAAGAUUCUGUUAGACUUUGGAUGAAAAAUCGGAGACCUACUUCAGGAACGACUUUUGGAGUAGACCUUGCCAAAAAUUGGAAUUCGCAAUGGGGAGUUAGCGGAGGAAGUUACAAUCCAGCCGAUAGUAAUUAUAUAGGCUUAGGCCCAUUCUCAGAACCAGAAACUAGAUCUGUAUCACGUUAUAUAGAAACUAUCGGAUCGAACCUGGCUGGCUUAUUGUCCUUUAGAGCAUUUGGACAAAGACUUUUGAUACCAUUCGCCCAUAGCUCCGAUCCGUUGUAUAACUAUCAAGACAUGGUAACUAUUGGAAGAAGAGCUAUGGGAUCAUUGGCUGUUAAAUACGAUACACAGUACCUUGUAGGUACUUCUAAGAAUGUACAUGAUGGUUCUACGGGUAGUAUCGCCGAUUGGGCAAAACACCGCUUUAAUCCUCCUAUUGUAGCAACUUAUCAACUGCGAGACAGGACUUGGGGAUAUACACUUCCGGUGAAUCAAGUGCUACCUUCUUGCGAAGAAACUUUUGAUUCUUUAAUGGCCAUAUUAAGAGAAGCUAAAUUCAUAAAUAUAUUGUAA